AUGAAAAUUUUUGAAACUUUAUUAUUUGCCAUUACUUGGUUGACUUUACAAGUUGCUGCUGCUCCAGUCAACAAGAGGUUCUUUUCUCCCUCCUCGCCCACUUUUUCCUUGAUUGCUGUCCACAAUGGUACUACUUUCAACUCCAACUUGGUCAAAUUUAAUGGAUCUGCCAUUAAGUUGGGCUCAGACGACAAGGCAUUCUUUGGCACUAUCCAAGCCGACAAGGGAUACAUUUUGAACUUGCCAUCCACCAACAACUCAAACCAAUCAUCUACUGUCAAUGCUGUUGUUUCCAAUCAAACCCAUUUGAUUUCAACCACCACCAAGAACGGCUCAGCUAGCGAACACUUUGGGAUCACCAACGGAUGGUUAUCCUACUUGAACUCUACCCAAUUCUUGGCAUGUCCAGAAUCAGCUUCAAACGCUACUUCCAAGUCGUCCAACUCAACAUCAAACUCAACUAUCGAGUACGAUCUUUUUGCAAACCCAUUGAACAAGACCAAAUGUGCUAACGGAAAGGGUUACGAUGUCAAGUUGUUGGUCCAAUUGAGUCUUCCAAUCUCAUACUCACCAGAAUCCAACUCAUUUGGAUUCUUCAAGAGAUUCGUCAACAAAUUGUUCAAGUAA